GUUCAAUCAUAACAUCUUCUCUGCUACUCAUUCGCCGGUCAGACUGGAGAAGCUCACACUCAGAGCGCACAUACUCUCUCUACGGUUCUACCGCCCGAUAUUGUAGAAAUUAUCAUUAUUUUUUGUAAAAUGAUUUGCGUUAAUCUCUGCGAUGUUUAAUGGAAUUCCGAAGCUGAUGGUUUGAUAAACAGUUUUUGAUUCAUCAUCGCAGUUCAUCGAGGGAUCGGCUUUUGCGGUUUAGGAGGAAGUUAGUCUCCUUCGUUUGGUUCAUAGAGAGAUAUAGGUAACAGGCAUUUUCAUGUGGUGGAAGGUCACAUCAAGAAUAAUUGUGGAUAGGAGCAUGUGCUGGUGCUAGAUUCUGUGGAACUUGCCAGGCUUAUUUAUGGCAUCUGCUGGCCUAGGCCAUGGAGGAGCUGGGAGUUCUAGAAAUGCUAGUAGUGGUUUUUCAAAUUCAUCUAGUUCGUUUGACUGGCUGGGAAGGGAAAUGCUCGAGAUGAGGUUGAGGGACAGGGUGGACCUUGAAGAUGACAGGGACAGCGAACCAGAUAUAAUUGAUGGUGUGGGUGUAGAAACAGGACAUGUUAUUAGAACUACUAUUGGUGGUCGAAAUGGACAACCCAGGCAGAAUGUUAGCUACAUAGCAGAACGUGUGAUAGGAACAGGGUCUUUUGGUGUUGUUUUCCAAGCAAAAUGCAGAGAAACUGGAGAAAUUAUUGCAAUUAAGAAGGUUCUUCAAGAUAAGCGCUACAAGAACCGAGAGUUGCAGAUAAUGCAAAAGUUGGACCACCCUAAUAUUGUUGCACUUAAGCAUUCUUUCUUCUCGACGACAGAUAAUGAAGAUCUAUAUCUCAAUCUCGUCCUUGAGUAUGUCCCUGAAACAGCUAACCGUGUUGCUAGGCAGUACAGCAGAAUGAACCAGCGGAUGCCAUUGAUAUACGUCAAGCUGUAUACCUAUCAGAUUUGCAGGGCAUUGGCUUACAUCCAUAACUGCAUUGGCAUUUGCCACCGUGAUAUUAAGCCUCAAAAUUUGCUGGUGAACCCACAUACACAUCAGCUGAAACUUUGUGAUUUUGGAAGUGCAAAAGUUUUGGUGGAAGGAGAACCCAAUGUGUCAUACAUUUGCUCACGACAUUAUCGUGCUCCUGAGCUCAUAUUUGGUGCCACUGAAUAUACGACAGCCAUUGACAUCUGGUCUACAGGUUGUGUCAUGGCAGAAUUACUUCUUGGACAGCCUUUAUUUCCUGGAGAGAGUGGGGUUGACCAAUUAGUAGAGAUCAUAAAGGUCUUGGGAACACCUACUAGAGAGGAGAUGAAGUGCAUGAACCCAAACUAUACUGAAUUCAAAUUUCCACAGAUAAAACCCCAUCCUUUGCACAAGAUUUUCCAAAAACAACUGCCUCCGGAAGCAUUUGACUUGAUUUAUCGUUUUUUCCAGUAUUCCCCACAUUUGAGAUGCACUGCUUUGGAGGCUUGUCUUCAUCCUUUCUUUGAUGAACUGAGAGACCCAAAUACCCGCCUGCCUAAUAACCGUCCUCUUCCGCCACUCUUCAAUUUCAAACCUCAAGAGCUCACCAGCUUACCUCCUGAAACUGUUCGUCGACUCAUUCCAGAACACGCUCGAAUGCAGAACUAAAUCAUGGCUUUGCCAUCCCGGUGACUGUUUGAAGUUUCAUUUCUUCCAUUUUUGUUAGCUGCUUCAGCUGGCUGUAUAUCAGCAGAUCGAGGAACACUGAAGUUCAGUGCAGGAUGAGUAGAAGCCUCAUUGCGUUUUUUAUUACUAUAGCUGACUGACUCUAUAUAUUUCUCUUGAUAAUACCAAAUACCUACUUCCCAAGGGAAUUGUGGAUAGGUAUAUAUAAGGAUAUCAAUUGUACCAAACUAAUGGGAUGGGAACAACAAUGGGGAAUGCCCUCAUCGCCCCAUACUUUUCCCUAUCUCAGAUAUAUAUAAAUUGCUAUUAUAAUA